AUUUGAAACAUAAAUUUAGUUGUUUUCAAAUGAAUAUUGUACUGGAAAAUAGCAAAAACGAAGCACAUAUUAAAUGUGCACUAGACAUAUUGAAUGAAUGUUAUGAAAGAUAUAAUCCAAAUGAAGUUUUCAUUAGUUUCAAUGGUGGUAAAGAUUGCACAGUAGUUUUGCAUUUAGCUGCUACCAUCGCUAAAUUGCGUAACAUUUCGUCCUUAUUAUGCUUAUAUAUAAUUGAGGAUUCAUUUCCAGAGAGGAAAAGAGGGAGUAAAGAAAAAGGAAAGAGGAAGGAAUUGAGAGGAAGAUGGGGAAGGAAAGAAGAGGGGAGGAGAAAUUUAAAUCUAAAAAGAAUUUAA